AAAUGUUACUCCGGGAAUCUGAAAGGGUGAAUUGCCUGCAGACAUAGCGAAAUAUGUCUGAUGAUUUUAUGCAGCCACUAGAUAUAUUCACAAUCUGAAAAAUAAAGAAAAAUAUUUUGGGUUUAAUAUUUAAAUAAAUAUAAGGUGUGGUAAUUACGCAAACCUAGAAGUAAACAGAUAUCGUUCAAUGAAAAAGAUAUAUCAAAAUGCUUAUAAAGAAAACUUGUCAAUUAUUUAUGCUAGCCAUCGGAUUUUUUACUUUCUUACAAGCUACCUUCAUUGUUAUGCCGUCAGAGUGUACAAGAGAAGAAAUGACUAUUCAAGUUGUAAAGAUGAAAGAUAUUUAUGAAGAGACAAUUGUGUCUCAUUUAAAAAAAAAUGGAAGAGUACAUUAUUCCCAGUGUGACAGUGUACUUACUAUAAUAGGGAUUGAUAGUUACCAGUUUGAUCUUAGAAUUGAAUCACUUGACCUGCGACAACCUGAUGAUGGGAUCUGCACUGAUUCCUUGAAAAUUUUCAAUGGUCCACGAGUUGACAAUGCUAACAUCCUUACUCCAAUGGAAGGACUUUGUGGCAGUUCAUUGCCUUUAGAAACAUCAUUUAAAACCAGUCGUAACUAUUUGACUGUUCGUUUCAAAAUUGAAAGUUCAAGUAAUGAGAAACGCGAAGGAUUUUCUAUCAAAAUUUGGCAGCAUGAAUGGAAAAGUCCUGUCAACUCUCAACGUGGAGGAUUUAAUCCUGGUGGAUGGAAUGAUGGUGUUACAUCUUUAUUUCAAUGGACAUGGGAUCUCCAAGUCAGUGUUCCAGGAAGUUCUUUAUCAAGACCAGGUCAAGACCUAGAGAAAAGUUAUGAAGGCAUUGAGUGUGUUGAGUGUGCUAGCUGUUCUCUUGAAGAUUUUGAUUGGGACCGAGAUGUCUUCACUAUGGCUGCCGGUUGCUACAUUUGUGCCAAACAAUGGGAUAUAUCUUAUAAUACAGCCCAGAGGACAUGCUAUUCUCAAAGAUCCUAUCUCAGUCUAAUCCGCAGAAUUAAAGACCCAUCAAUUAAUCUGGAUGACCCUGUAACACCAGGAAAACUUCUAGGAUGCCAUCUUUACAGCAACCCAUAUGGAGUUAAAAUCAACUAUUGCUUUUGUGAGGAAAAUCGUUGUAAUAGUUCCAGAAGAAAUUUACCAUUUAAUUUAUUAUUGUUGACAUAUAUUUUACUUGUACUUCAUCUGUGAAAACAUUUCAAUAUCAAACCCAUUUGAAAAAUA